GGCGAAGUGCUUGACCUUCGGCAUGCUGGUGUUCUUCAUCGUGUGGAGCUCCUUCGUCCCGGCCUAUCUCAGUACACGUGGUAAGUUCAUGGUGGCCGUGCAGAUCUUUGCCAUCCUGGCGUCCAGCUUCGGCCUGCUYGCCUGCAUCUUCCUACCCAAGUGCUACGUCCUGCUGGUCAAGCCCGAGUUCAACACAGAGGAUAUGAUGCGGCCGCGUUCCAAGCCGCGUGACGGGACUGGGACAGGGACCUCGGCCUCGCUAGCUACGGUGGCCACGGAAGUUCAAGCUACGACAGGCAAUGUUGAUUAUUAGGGUUAGGGAGGGACGCACAAACACACGCUAUGGGCAGACACAAACACUCAUCUGGAAGCACACUAGGGCCAGUGAUACAGGACACGUUGCACUAACUAGGGACUACUCAGCAUCWCAUUGUGGAGUCUGUUACUAGUUUCCUGUGAUGUCAUUAUACUCUAUGUAGUUUUUUGACUAAUGUAUACCAAUGGAGUUCUCAGGGAAUAGGACUACAACCAAACACAGAGCUGCAACAGAGAGAUAUCUACGCUGACGUGGAUAUAUAUAUAUGGUAGAUGGAUAUGUCCCGUCCUUAUGAUAACUAUAUAUUUGACUAUAUUAAUGCUGUCCUGAUUUUUUAAAUGUUAAAUUAUGAAUUAGUUUGAGCCUUAGUUUAAAAAAAKAAACAGUCAUUGCUGCGCUGGCUUGCUAUGUUGGUAGAAAUAUACUGUAUUUGAGAGAUCAUUUGAGAUGUCUCAGAAAGGUGGGCAUUAAAAAUGUAUUUGUUGUCAAAAUGUCACCUUUUGUACUGUGCAUUUAGAGGGAUUUUCAUUUAAUUAGCCUUUAUAUCAUAUUUGUAUAGGCACAUUAACGUCUGAUGUUUCUGUAUAGGAAUCUGCAUAAGUAGCCUUGUGAUCAUUGGAACAUCCCCACUGAUUGGAUGGAUCAUCAACACUGAUUGUAAAUGUUUUCGUAGGGA